AUGGGAAAGUUAACACCUCUAGUACCUAUUUCGUCAACGCCGAUGCCAUCUUAUGGAUUUGUGAGUGAAGGAGUUUCGAAUUAUGGAGACGAAAGAUUGGUCAAUCAAGAAAUUAUUAGUUUAAAUUGCAAAUAUUCUUGUAUUGCUGUAACUAAUCAAGGAUUAUUAUUCAUCAAGUGGCACAAUGAAACUAGUUGGAAAUUAGUAGAGUUGCCAUCAACCUUCACAAAUCCAUCAAAUUAUGAAAAUGUCAAUUUGAGAAUUUCACAAGCAGUCAUUGGAGUUUCCUUAACUGAAGGAUCUAACAUUGAAGAAACCUUCCUAUUACUGACUGAUUCUGGAUUUGUUUUGAGUUUUGGAUAUUGUAAUAGUGGUUUGAGAGGUGAUUCAACAAGUGCAACAGAUUCUCUUUCGUCUAAUUCAUUCUAUACCUUUACUACACUUUCAAAUAUUAGCUCCAUUGGAGUUGGACCAGGUAUUGGCUAUGCCAUCAAUAGCACUGGUCAAUUACACGUGUGGGGAAACAAUCAAAAUGGAAUUCUAGGCGAUCCUGACCCAAAUCUCAUUCUUUCAACUCCAAAACAUUUGGAAUUUAAUUGUUUCAUGAAGAAAUUGUCAUUUGGUGAGAGUUUUUGUUUAUAUUUGUGUCAGGAUGGAAGAGUUUUUGGUAAUGGACAAGAUGCUGAAGGUGAAAUAUCAGCAGCACCUGGAUCAAUUAUUUACACUCCUGUGGAAAUUACUAGCUCGUUAUCUGCUACAUUUAAUAGUGAUAUGAUUAUUGACAUUUCGACUAGUGAAAAAACCAGUUUGGCUCUCACAUCAACUGGUAAGAUAGCAACAUGGGGAGAUGAUAGUCAGCUCGCAUUUGGAAGAGAAGGAAAUGGUGGAUACACAAUUCCAGCAACAUUUAGUUCUCUAAAUAUUGUAAAGGCAUUUUUUGUUUACAAUAUUGGAAUUGCAAUUACAAAUACCAAUGAAACUUAUUAUUGGGGAUCUAAUAGUGCUGGAGAAGCAUGUUUGGGUGAUUUGUGGUUUGCUGCCAAGCCAACUGUCAUUCCAACAUUGUCAGAUGUUUCACAAACACAUGUCAAUGAAAUUUAUUUAAGAGCUGCUUGUGGAAUGAUGCUAUCCACAGAUGGUAUCACCAGUUCUAAUAUCACAUACUGGGGGAAAUGUAGUUCUGGAUUGGAUGGUCAAUAUGUUGAUCCAACAGUCGCAGUUUCUGCCACAACCUUUGACAACUCACUUUUUAAUAAUGAAAUUCUCAAAAAGUUUGCUCUGUUUAGAGGAACAGCUGUUGUUAACUCUAUUUCUGGGAACAGUUAUGGAUGGGGAGAAGGUAGAGAUUAUCAAUUGGGAGAUGAUUCAAGUCAUCCUGUUCCAUUAGCACUAUCAGUGAAUGUUACUGAUAUUUUUAGCUCUAAUCAAUUUACAAUUUUGGUUAAAAACGAUGGUGGUGUUUAUGGAUUGGGGACUGUAUCUAGCUCUGGAGCAUUUGGUUCGUCCGUGCAAAUGUUAACCACACUCACAAAAUUGGACACUGAUUACGUGACAAGUGAUGGAAGCUCUGUAAUUCAAGUUAAAGCUCUAGAAGGUAUAUCAUAUCUAUUGACAUCAAGUGGAAAGGUCUAUGGUGCUGGAUCCAAUGCAAAUCAACUCAUUAUUAACAAUUCCACAACCAAAUUCGAAAACUUUGUAAGAAUUAGUGGAGAUGAUUUACCAGAUAAUCACAGAAUUCGAAAGAUUAUUGUCUUUCCAAAUUCUCCACUAAUAUUUAUUACCUAUGAAGGAGAUGCUUAUUAUGUCUAUCAAGGUAUUCACAAGUUUCAGCUCCCAAAUUCAAACGAUUCAUUUGUAAUUCAUGCAUCUUCAAAUUAUUUGAAUUUCUAUGUUAUUACAAAGAAAGGAAAUGUUUACGCUAUGGGAACAACUAAUGAAUUUAUGGAAAUUUCUCAAAAUCCAAUGGUUUCAAGUUUGAAUAACAUGACAUUGUAUGCAACAAAGGAAUCUCUUGGUGGUGUGCCUUACUUUAUUUCCCCUGAAACCAAUUUAGCCAUUUUGGCCAUCUCUAAUGGAUGGACAUGUAAUGGAACAGCCUCUACCAGUGAUUCUGUUUGUAAUGGACAUGGAGCAUGUGUCGAUCAGGAUGUAUGUGCCUGUAAAGAAAAUUAUGAUGGAUCCUAUUGUGAAAAGUUCACUUGUGGCGGAAUUUCCAAUGAGGAUACAACCACUGUUUGUUCUGGAACAGGAAGUUGCACAUCAUUUGACACAUGUGUUUGUAAACAAGGAUAUAGUGGAGCAAAUUGUGAAAUUCCUUCUUGCUUUGGAGUAGCAAGUAGCAACACUGGAAUUGUAUGUAGUGGAAGAGGUCAAUGUAUGGGAUUAGAUAAAUGCAGUUGCAUGACUGGAUAUUUUGGAUCCAAGUGCGAAUACAAGGCAUGUUAUUUUGAAAGUAUAAGCGCCGGUACAGGAGCUAUUCUAUCAAUCAAGAACAAGCUUUGUAGAGAUAUCAAUAAAUAUCUUUAAUUUUGG